CUCGUCACCCCAGGACUGAUACCUCUCCCUUAAAGGUCUGAGGGCAAUCGCCGGACAGAAGAGAGAAAAGGCAAAAUACAAAACCCACGAAAAUCUCAGCAAAAUCUCACAAUUUCCUCUCCCCACACCCCAAAGAUCCAAUCUUUUCAAGGCGCCCAUUUCAAAAACAGUUUCAAGUCUUCUCCUCCACGAAACAGCUUAGCUGAUAGGGUAUUUAGAAUAAAAUUGUAGACAGAGACAGAGAGAGAGGAAGUUAGGUUGCUUGAAAAGAAGUCAAAUUGGAAGGUAGCGACCCAACCACGACAACCACCACAUGAGACACCGAAAACAACGAUCAAGAGGUUGAGAGCUCAACUACUACUAAGAAGCAGUAGAAUUUCCAUUUGAAACAAGAGAGGUCUUCACAGUUCAAUUUCCAAACCAGAAAUCCAUCUCUACUAGUAGUUAUUGAAAGAAGUUCCGAUCAAACAUGAUAGUUCAUCUAUCGAGGGAAAAUAGGAUGCAUAGGUGUUGAGAGAGAAAGAAUUGGGAACUGAGAAGUGAGAGUUAACUUUCUAUCUCUACGCUUGUUGCUGGGCGGAAAAGCCGUUUUGGGAUUCCCUCCUUGUAGGGCGGCUGUACUCUGUACGCAAAAGAAAUUUGAGUCGGGGUGGAAAAGACAAGAACAAUCAUCCAAUCGGCUGCGGGUGAAAAACAUAAACUUUUGGCCUCGAAAUUGAGCGAAAAAGCAAAGAAAAGGGGCAAUUUCGAAAAGGCGAGAAGUACUAAAUGCGGCGAUAAAACGACGUCGUAGGUUCAAAAACCGCUCUAAAACCCCGACAGCGACUGGGCUUUCCUAGUUUUCUGACGCCGGCUAUUCGGCGGAGAUUGUAGUUCUUCCCCAAUUCCAGUACUCGAAGCCAUGGGAGAACCGGUGAAAGGGACGGUGACGUCACUCUCAUCACUAAUUCCGGUGGAUGAAGCUCAGAAAGCGUUGCAGCGUGUGCACGAAGCCAUCGCCGAGCGGCGGAAACAGAUGGAUCAGCUAAACGACUUCGUCGCUGAAAACAGAAGCCUCAUCGAUCUUGUUCAGCGCCUUCCCGACAAACUCCACCACGAUAUCAUGGUACUCUUGGGAGAGGGUUAUUAUGCUGACAGAACAUCCAAACAGACCUCUGAAAUUUUGACCAGAAGGGGUAAGGAUUUGGCGUCCCAAGUUCAACAUCUAAAAGCUGUAAUGCAGGACCUAAAGGCUGAAGCUUCAUUUUUUGAUACUACUGCUUCUGAGUCAGAGGAAGGUCUUGUAGAGAUCAGGGAAGACAUUGUUGAGGAAUCUUCUUAUAGAGAGCCAGCUACACCAGGGGUCUCAAACAUGGACUCUAGUAGUUUUUCUAAAGAAGAAGAUGCUACACAAAAAUUUAAAGAUGAAGAAUAUGCUCAAAUAUUAGCUCGGAUUGCUGAACUUGAGAAAGAAGAGGAAGAAGCUGAAAAGGCCAAUGAAAUUAGUGAGGAUGAAUCUGGAGAAGCCAUCCAAAUGGGAAAUUCAGAGGUAUGUGGUUUGAAUAACAUGACAAAAGCAGUAACUUCUUCAAGAACAGAGUCAAAUGAAGUUAUUAUAAUGGCAGCUUCAAGAAAUCAUGAUCUUUCGAAAGCAGAAGGUUCAAAUGGACAAGCUCAACUACCUAAAGGUGAGUACUUACAUGAAGAAUGCUUGCCAUUUCGUCAAACAAGCUCAACUAAUGUUGCUCCAAAGCUUCCUAUACUGAAGGACAAUAUAGCUGUGUUAGAAAGCAAGCAGGCGGCAGUAAACAGAACUGAAGAACACUUUGAUGCUAGCAAGGCUUUUACUGGUUCUAUCGUGGAACAUUCGCCCAACAUUGAUAUGCAACCUAGUGUUGGUCGUGCCUCAAAGCCAGUAUCUAGAUUCAAGAUGCAGAGGAAGUGACUAUGGGAGUUUGGGCAUAUGAGUAGUUUAUUUAACCUCCCACAUUAUUAGUCGGGAGAAUUGGCGAUAGAUUAUCUGUGGAGGUGCUAGGAAUGUAUGGUUGACUGUCAAAAUAGACAUAAGUUGAAGGUGAGCGCACCCCUUUUAGAUAUGUCAGCCUGUACAAACUAUGUAGAUGCAUCUGUGUUUCAAAAUCAUUGUCUGAGUGGAGAUUUGUUUUAUUAGUUAGGAUAUUUUUAUUGAUAUUUUCUGGUCUAUUUUGGUGUUUUUAAAGUCUGAUCUGUUUUAUGUGUACUUUACUAGUGUUUAAGUGGGGCUAACAUGUUUAAGUUUGAUCUCAU